AUGUCCAAAAUUACACGGACAUCUCAAAAAUGGUAUAUCCUCCAAAACGCAUGCACACAGCCUCCUGUCCCUACUAUCGUUCAUGCCAAGAGAAAGGAUAAAAAAACCGGUCAUAUUGCUAUGGUGGACCAUCAUUAUCCUUGCAUUUUAUCCGGGCUCUCAACACCCCACAGAGCGUGGAGCGUUAUGAUUGGGUUCGGCCUCGGAGAGUCGGAGAGGAAUCGAAUUAAUUCUCCAGCAAGAAACGCAGUUGGGUGGCUUGAAUGA